AGUAUCAGAGUAGCUGCGGUGUUGACGUCUUUUCCCCUGAUCACACUUUAUCUCACUAUGGCGGAUAACAUUAAAGAAUUAAACGAAGUUAUCCGAAAAGGGCGCGCUGUUGCUGCAACCCUCGAAGAUAUUCAUGACCGCACUCAAUUGGAUGCUUUCGUUAAAAAAGGCCACACUGCAAAACUGGACGUGGGUCAAAUCGUCAAAGAAGGACAAACUAUUAUUGAAAUCCUUGACUAUGAGAGUUCAAGAAAUCAUCUGAAUCAUGUUCUAAAAGAAUCCAUAGAGCUGCUUGGAAAGGCAAACCAAAAUGGUCCAAAGGCGAAGAAAAGAAGGAUCCAGUCCAACGGUAGAGUCAGAUGUAAAUUGAGAAAGAAGUCAUGUCCACAACAAGCAAAGCCUUCUACUUCACACGAUUCAAGACUCAAAUCAAGGGCAUGUCCAGAGCCAACAGAACGUCGUCAAGACCAGGGUCCAGUUCAUGAUUCUCUUCUACAUGAGUUGCAAGAGCUUCUGUCAGCUGUUAGUUGUAACCUCCGUUCUGAGGGAACCCCACAUUCAGCAUCAAUGCAUUGGGGCACACGGACAGCAGCUUCACCAGAGAGAUGGGGGGAGGCCAGACCCUCUUUAAUCAACAACAGGCUUGCAACAGAGCAGAUCGAGGGACAGCUGUGUUUGGAGUGUAAGGCAAAGGUGGCAGUGGUCAAGUGCAAAGACUGUUUGCCUAAGCAGUAUACCUGCAUCAACUGUGACUGUGCUAUACACCGCACACAAGUAUUCCACAACAGGAGCACCAUGAUGUCAGGGUUCCACAAGGCUGUACCUCCCACCACAGUGGUGAAGCAGGACUCUGAUGGGCAAUACUUUCACCAUCAUGAAGAUCAAAUAUUACCUAUGGCACUACCAAAUUCAAUAUGCAGUUGUGGGGAAGAAAAGUACAGUGUUGGAAAAGCGAGGUCCAUUACUGUAAUCAACAUGAAGGGUCGCUAUGAACUGUCAUUGCCCCAUCUUCACUGUGAGAAAUGCAGAGAAACAUGGGUACCAGGUGUGUUAGAAAUGCAGAAGAGUGGCUACUGGCCUGCAACCAUGAACUUUUGCACCAUUUAUGAUGAGGAAGUCUUCAUGUCCUUCAAAGACUUGAAAAUGGCUGCUCCAGGACUGUCGCGUUUAGCAUUCAUAAGAAUGCUUGACAUGAAGACAGUGCACUACGGCAGAAAUGGCACCUUAUGUGGUGAUACAUUUUUGAAGAGCUUUUUCGAGUGGUCCAUCUGCCUUUAUGAGGUUGACAAGAUCUGCGGUGACCAACAUUUCAUGUGCCCAGCUUGUACCCCUCUAAUGCUGGCAGUUGCUGUGGAUGGCAACCGAAAACUUCAUCGCUUUAAAAAGGCGGGGAAUUCAGAGGACUCUGGCUACUUCGAAGGGUUGUUUCUUUGCAAAGAUGAUGAUGUUUCCUCUUUUGUUCAAUAUAUACGCAGAAAAGUGCAACACGUUGGGGGCAAGGGUGUUUGUGGAUCUGCGGAGUUCACAGCCUCUAAAGAGUUUUCCAGAAAGACCAGCAGUAAAUUGGAUGAGGAGGGAAUUGAAGUCGGUGUCUGUAGGCAUGGUGUUCUUUUGAGGGCACUCAAUAUGUUCAGAGGAGAGAUCUAUGCAUAUCCUUUGUACCUACAGAAAGAGCUCUGGACAGAAAAUGCAACUUUCUUUUGUGCUGACAUCAUGUGCAAAUACUGGCCAUACUUGAAAAAAGUUUGCCAGGCCUGCCCGGAACUGAGACAUCUUCUGAACAUGAAACCAUUCCUUUCAGUUAUGCACGCAAAAGUUCAUGGUGUAAAAUGUGAGAUCAAAUGGAGUGGAAGUUUUCAAAAGGGUGCUGCAUAUACCAUGGGGGAAGAAGUAGAACAAGCUAAUAGCUUUUUAUCAAGAAUUGGUAUAAGCACUAAGUUUAUGUCCAAAGCAGGACGAACAGAUUUGCUGACAUUGCAGUGUAUGGGGUGGAACAAAAUGAAGACUCAAAAUAUGUGCCAAACUAUUUGCACAAGAUACCAAAAGACCCAGCAGAAUCUAAAAAAAGAGACCGAAAGCCUACAAGACAUGAAAAAAGAACUGUGUGUAGAAGAUGGUGUACUGCAUCAGUGGGUCACAGAUGUACAGGAGUGGGCCCACACUACAACUGUAGGAGACAGUGAUGCUGCAAUUCAGCCAAUAAGGAACACAAUCGAAGAAUUAUCUUUGUGCAUUAAACAACGGCAGCAUCGUCUUUACAGACACACUGCCACAAACAAAGGACGCAAUAAAAUAAGAAGAAAAAUUAAUGAGGAGAGAAAAAAGCUGGCUUCUUCCAUUGAUGCCCUUGUUGACCCCUCCUUUAAGAUAGUGUCCAUUGAAGAGGUCCUUCAAAAUGACUUGGUUUUCCCCUGGCAGCUAACAGAGCAAGAUGAUGUCAACCUCUUGACAAAGAAGAAAGUCUUUGACAAGGUAAUGCUGAUUCAACGAUUAGAGGAAGAACAGACUGUCCUUGUUCAAGAGGCAAAGCAGCACUGGCUUUUUCUAAGAAGUCAGGAACACAAACUGAACAGUUUGCUUGAUACCAUCAUUUCAGGUGAAUGCGAAUAUCCUAGCUGGGCAGAACCUUCGGUAGCCCUUUACUCAAGCAGUACCGAUCUGAGCUCUGAUGAAGACGAUACAUUUCUGCUGUAG